AUGGCAAAAGUAUUUGACGCGGCAGAAGUCGCAAAACAUAAUACCCCAGACAGUUGCUGGGUAAUCCUUUAUGGCAAAGUUUACGAUGUGACGGAUUUCCUGUCAAACCACCCUGGCGGUGCAAAGAUCAUUCUGAAACUCGCAGGCACAGAUGCAACCGAGGAAUUUGACCCAAUUCAUCCACCCGGCACUCUGGAGGAGGACCUCAAGCCUGAGGCAUGCUUGGGAACCGUAGAUAAAAGCACAUUACCCACGAAAGAGACGCCAGCAGCUAAGCAGGAGCCGACAGGGCCCCCACCAAUGGAAGAACUUCUUAAUUUGAACGAGAUUGAAGAUGUUGCCACGAAGCAGGUCAGCCAAAGGGCAUGGGCUUAUUAUUAUUCUGCAUCCGACGACAAGGUCACCAAGUCUUUUAACACCGAGGUGUACCGCUCUAUUCUACUACGUCCGAGGGUGUUUGUCGACUGCACGCGCUGCGAACUGAACACUUCUGCUUUGGGGUAUAAACUGGGAAUGCCCAUAUAUGUGUCACCGGCAGCUAUGGCACGUCUCGGUCACCCAGCAGGUGAGGCGGGUAUUGCGGAGGCUUGUCGGAGCUUUGGAGCGAUGCAAAUCAUUUCGAACAAUGCAUCUAUGACCCCAGAACAGAUUGUCAAAGAUGCAGCACCUGAUCAGGUCUUUGGUUGGCAACUCUACGUCCUAACUGAACGGAAGAAGAGCGAGGCCAUGCUGGCUCGCAUCAACAAACUGAAUGCGAUCAAGUUCAUCGUUCUCACCCUCGACGCCCCAGUUCCUGGAAAGCGUGAGGAUGACGAAAGAAUGAGUUUUACUGGGGGAGUAUCAUCUGCACCAAAGGCUAUCCAGAGUUUCAUUGAUGACACACCCGAUAUUACGCAAGGCACUGGUGGAGUUGGACAACAGCUAUUUGCUGGCACCGAUCCAUCUUUGACUUGGAAAGUGACAUUACCAUGGCUUGCUAAGCACACUAGUCUUCCAAUUGUCUUGAAGGGACUUCAAACCCAUGAGGAUGCAUACUUAGCAUCAUUGCAUACUCCACAGGUGAAGGGCAUCAUCCUUUCCAACCAUGGCGGACGGGCCUUGGAUACGGCACCACCAGCCGUACAUACGCUAAUGGAGAUCCGAAAAUACUGCCCCGAAGUUUUUGACAAAUUGGAGGUCUAUGUCGAUGGCGGUAUUCGUCGUGGCACGGAUGUUGUGAAGGCUCUUUGCCUGGGAGCCAGGGCAGUGGGCAUUGGACGCCCAGCUCUUUGGGGAUUGGGUGCUGGUGGAGUUGAUGGUGUUCGUCGAACAUUGGAGAUUUUGGCCGACGAAAGCAAGACCUGCAUGCGGUUGCUCGGCGUUGAAAGAGUCGAGGACUUGGGUCCCCAACAUAUCAACACCCGUAUUGUAGAGCAACAGAUCUACGACGGCCCUUCCGGUCUUGCUUCUUUACGAAACAUUUUCCGAUCGAGACUAUAG